CCUCCUUCCCCGGUUUCCUGUAAUUUUUUUCUCCCCGCCUAGCGCGCUCCGCGCCUGCGCGCAUGUUGUACGGCGGCCCCGCCGCGCCGAGGAGGGUCCUCUUUCCGGUCCGCUGCCCGGACAAGAUGGCGGGCGCCCGGUGCGGUUGGAGGAGCCGCUGGCUGUGUUGGCUCUUGGUGCUGCUGUGCGCGCUCGCGGCCGCCCUCGGGGCUGAGGAGCCGAAGCCGGCCAAGAAGAAAAAGGACAUUCGGGACUACAACGACGCCGACAUGGCGCGGCUGCUGGAGCAGUGGGAGAAAGAUGACGAUAUAGAAGAAGGGGACCUUCCAGAGCACAAGCGUCCAUCGGCACCAGUAGACUUUUCGAAGAUUGACCCAGGCAAGCCAGAGAGUAUUUUGAAAAUGACUAAGAAAGGGAAGACGCUGAUGAUGUUUGUCACGGUGUCGGGAGAGCCCACUGAGAAAGAGACGGAGACCAUUACAAAUCUGUGGCAGGGGAGUCUUUUCAAUGCCAACUAUGAUGUUCAAAGGUUUAUUGUCGGUUCAAAUCGUGCCAUCUUUAUGCUGCGAGAUGGAGGCUACGCGUGGGAGAUCAAAGAUUUCCUGGUAAAUCAAGAGAGGUGCGCAGAUGUCACUUUGGAGGGUCAGGUAUACCCUGGCAAAGGAGCCAAGGGAAGUGACAAAGUUAAAAACAGAACCAAGCCAGAAAAACCCCAAAAGAAAAAAGACACAGACAAGAAAUCUGGACAACGCAAAGAGGACAACCGUGCGGCCAAACCGAAAGAAGAUCUAUGAUGAGAAGCUAAUUGGACUGAACACUGUCAAUGAAGGGUCGGCCAGGGGUGGUGGGAGAGCAUUUAGGAAGAAGGGAGAAUGAGGCGGCCUUUGGGGCUGAAAGUUGCGAUGAUCAAGGGGCCAGUUUACUUAUUAAUGAGAGAGUUUUAUGUAGUAACGGCAAAGUUAAUGGUUAAUAUCCACAGAUUGCCUUUGUUAAAGUUGUGGCUUGUUUACUUUUCAUCCAGCUGGUUUUUAAGCCUAAAACAGGCACCUGUUUAACUUUGGUAUUAAAUAAACCUUAGUAUUAUGAACUUUGCUCAGCGGAUGAGGGAGCCCGGAGAGCCUUUUCCAUUGGGAGUAUUGUUACUGUCUGUUAUGGAGGAGCCAAUCAGCAAUAUAAAUGGUUCACAGUUGACAGAAGAGAAAUGGAAUCUAUUCCAGGGCAGGAGUGGUCAAUCUUGGCUCUCUUCCCAGUAUGUCCAUUUGCUGAAUAAGUAACACACCUUAAGAGCUCUCAAAUGUUACUAGGGCAGUUCACACUAUGGACAUUAGUGUGCUGAUUUGGGAGCUGCGCUUGCUCCCGUUGGCCGAUCAUCUGUCAGUUAAAACCCAAGUCAGAAGUAGCGAGCUUGAUCGUGAGCUAAGCCCCAGCCAGGUAAGGCAGGCACGCCCUGCCCAGAUUCCAUCCCUAGCUUCAGAAAGAGGUAGGCAGGGAAACCCUCCUGCCCAGCCCCUGGGCCUUAGCUCAUGAGCAAGCUCUUUGCCUCUGGUCCCAUUUUAAACUGACAGACGAUUGGCAGACGGGGAUGCAGCCAGCUCCCGGAGGAGGGUAGGAGGCUUCUCCUGCCCUGGUGUCAAUCAUGUGAACUGCUAACGCUGGGACAGAUUCCUGGAAGCACAAUUUGAGAGACAAAAGCAGUAGAAUGUAUAGAUGCUGUUUUAAUUCUUUAAAAUGUGAAUGCCUAAGUGCUACCCGCUCCAAAGCGAGUGGAUUCACACACUCCCCAUUGAAUUGUUAGAUUUUUUCCUUUGUUAAUUGAGCAGUUCAGUUAUCCCGUUACGCUUGCCUAAUCCCCUUGAUUUAAGUAGAGUAAAAGAGACAUAUGAAGAACAGUGAAGCGUGCAGGGGCCCUGAAACAUUUUGGAAGCAGGAUGAAGGUGUUCCAGGGUUGCAGUGAGUAUAAACUGAGGGUUUAUUCUAUUCUAAUGUAUCUGUAUGAGUGCAUAGCUUAGCGGCUGUGAUUAUUCCCUGUAGGAAGUUUACCAGAAAGGCUUGCUAAAGUCCCUUUUGAAAUGGGUGGCCACAGUAUUGAUAAUGCCAUUUGAUUGUUCCGUGAGCUAUGGUUUUGAAUUUUAUGGUGCCAAAAUAUGCCUCAGCUAUUUGGAAUGUCCUCAUUUGAGGCUACAAUGGUGUUUCCCCCCCUAAAAUACAUAUUGAAUCAGGGAAAUUUUGCUGUCAACAUGAACACUCCCUCCAGAAUGUUAAUAAAUGUGUACAUUUUCCAGAA